ACUUCUUUUUAGCUUGCGCUAAUAAUAUGUUUUUUUUUUUUUUUUUUUUUUUACCAAAUAACAAAAAACAGCUUUCAGCCGAUGAUAAGGAGUUAGAAGUUGCUGGAAUUCCGGCUGCGUUUAAAAUGGAUUCUCAGGAAAAAAACGGGACAAAUCAGGGUCUCGAUGUACACGUGACAGACACUGACAGAACUGGGGAAGAGGAGGAUGACCAACAAAACUUUGCCCAUGGUAAUCGAGACGUGGAACAUCCAGACCAUAAUGCAUUGCAAUCAGAACAUAAUAACCAGAUUAUUCACAUGGAAGAAAACCCGCGUGUUUUAUCAGAUUGUUCAGCUGCAGCAACUUCUAAUGAGUUCACCCAGGCAGCUGGAAAUGCUGGACACGGGCAUCCACUCGCAGAGUUUCUAAAGGUUUCUGCAAAACUCAUCCACAUUUCUGAGAGUUCAGUUUCUGGAUCUGACAAAGCAGAAGAGGCCCAAGACACCGAGAGUGGAGAUUCCGAGGUGUUUGAUAUGGAACCCUGUGAACUUCCUUGUAAAGUACACAGUGACGAUUUUGAAGACCCAAUAUCAACUAGAGAACCUUUAUCCUUCAGAUCAAAUGACAGGUCCUCUGGGACACAGGAAGGUCAGAUUUCCAUGGACCCAUCUACUUUUUUACCAGACAUUAAUCAAAAGGAUGUAUUGGCACAGCAUAACACAACCGGAUUAGUACAAGCUGAAAAAAAUGAUUGUGGAAAGGGUCAACUUGAAGACUAUGAAGAGCUUGUAGAUCAUAUAAUUUCAAUCCAAGACCCCAAAAAUACAGAAGUAAUGAAAAACACAGAGAUAAAACCUAAAAUAGCUCCUUUGGCAUCCGAAUCCUUCCCAACAUCCUCCGACUUGUCGGAGACCGACACAAACACCAACAGCAGAGAAUAUUUAAUUGAAAAAAAGGGCACUAAUGGAGUCACAAACACAGGACAAAUGUCUUUGGUGAAUCCAAAAGAUAUUAUUGAUAUUGGUGGAAUCUGUUCUACUGACUCCACAGUUCAACUGAAAGAAACUAAUGAAAGACUAUCUUUUACAGAAGAAAAACUAAUCUCCAAGAAAAUUGAGAUGGUGCCAUCCCAAGCUAUAUCUUCAAAAGAUUUAUUUCAGAUUAAAAGCUUCACACUUCAGAGUGAGGAAAAUGUCACAUUCAUCACUGAUGAAGAUCUGAAACCUAUUGAAGAUGCCUUGUCAGAAAUUUUGUCUCCAGUUGAUGAAAUGCUUUCAUACGAAAGUGCAGACUUAUACUCUGCAAAAAAGGAUAACUCAUACCCCAGCGAAGACCUACCCUCUAUACCGGAAGAUGUUGAGUCAAUUAAAAGUAACGAUGUCGACAGCUACGAUUUUCCUACACCACCAGAACAAAUAGUUUUUUCUUCCAAUGAAAGCAUGCAAAGUAGUUUGGAGGGGAGUAUAAUUGAUGAGAUGCAUUUAUCACAUGAGCAUGGUUUACCAGAGGAAAUGCUUCUUCCAUCGGCAGACUUAAGCCGAGACAGCAUAGGUUACUUCAAUGACCAAAAAUUGUCUAUGUCUCCUACAGAAGAUGUGGGAAAAGAAAAUUUGUCUAAAUCUUUUAAAAUUGAUAAGCCUUUUCUAACGUUAUCCAAAGCGGAAGAAGACUUCAAUGACCCUUUGUUUACGUUUGAUCUUGCUGACCGAGUUUUGGUAAAGCUUUCAAAGCCAGGUACUCUAAAAUUUAAAGGGCUGACUGCUUUUGAAGAAGGCUAUUGGGCUGGAGUGGCUCUUGACAAACCAGAAGGUGACCACAAUGGAACAUAUGAAGGAAUAACUUAUUUUAAAUGUCCUAUGAAAUGUGGUGUUUUUGUAAGACCACGGCAAAUAACACAUUUAUUGGGGGAUGAUAAGUCAAUCUCUGAAAAUAUCACUGACAAUGAUGAUGAAGGUGAUGAUCAGCCUUUUGAUAAGAACUCUAAUCCAAGUGGUAGUAGGUCAUAUUCCCCAAAAGAACCAGAGGAGAAGGAAAGCAAAGGAAAUGUUACAUAUCCUGUUGAAGAAGGUAAUACAUUUAGAUCAUGUCUUCAUUCACACAAAAGUAAUUUCAAAGAUUUCGAUAUACGCCCAAGGGGCCUAAACACUGAAAAUGAGGACAUCAUAGGUGAGGAGGACAAAGAACCAACUUGGGAUUUGCAAGAAAACAUGAUCUGCAGCAAAAAAACUAAAGUGCAAAUAACGUUGGGAGACAAAAAGCAGACGUUGGUCUUAAGGAUUUGUGAAGACCUCAUAGCUAAGGUUAUUCACGAAGCCAUUUGGAAAUGUACUAGAAUUGUUCAACGAAAACAACCAAAAACUAGUAACAAUGAAUAUGCAUUAAAAACCAAAGAAAAGCAAGACGAAAACUAUUCUCCUCCCAUAAGCAUUACAUGUUCCAGUCCGUCAACUUUGGAAAAACAAAAUGGCAGCCCAAAUGGACUUGUGGAGGAUUUAGCUGAUGAACUAAUAACUAACAUAAUUCAGGACUCUAUAAAGGAAUAUAAGAAAUUAAAAAGAAAUAAUGGAAAUGGGAGAGGUAUUCAGUCUUGUCACGUCUCUCAAUCUUUUAUGGCUCUGCACAAGGACACCAUGAAAAACGGAGCACUCAGCAACUAUGAAGAGGCCUGGAAAUCAAAUGUCAUGCAUACCCUCUUCGAAAACUUGUUGAUAAAUUCUUUGGAGACGAUAGAAAAUAUUUACGUGAAUAAAUCAGAUUGUACUCGAACAGAAGCACCAACGCCCAGCUCCCUGAAUUCCUAGACGAUUAAACGUUUCUUGGAAGGAAUUUUUUAUCUCAGAUUGUGGAACAAUAAGAAAAUGAAAUUUUCCACUGGACGAGCUGCAGACUGCGAACACCCCCUCUUAUUGGCAGGAAACAAACGUGUUUCUGUAUGACCGUGUGCUAUCCAUCCAUAACACUGCAAACUUAGGUUUGUAUUCCACCUUGAGCUACACAAUAAAAAUCUGAGGUUGUCAACCUACCACAGUAAAUUAAAAUGGCACUCUAUAAACACCAUAACCACUACAUCCCGCCACCCAGCUCCUUGCUUGGCAUAUUGUUAUUCCGGAAGCUACCCAUGGUUGUCGGGGUUAAUUGCUACAAGUGAUAAUUGUCAGGAAUUCAAAGUGUAUUUUAAAAUUUACACCACAAUAGACAAACUGGAAACAUAGCUGACCUAGAGACAUUUUCAAAUACUAUAGAUA